AUGGAGGACACCCAACAGCGCAACGCGCCGCUUAUCGUCGUUGGCCUGGGGAACCCCGGGCCGCGGUAUCGUGAUACGCGGCAUAACGUUGGGUUCGGGUGUGUGGACUUGCUGGCCGAGCGGUGGGGAAUCGCGGUCAAAGACAGGCGGCGGACUACCGUUUUGGGGCAAGGGUAUCGGGACGGCACGGCGGUGGUGCUGGCCAAGCCGCGCACCUUUAUGAACCUCUCCGGCGAGUCGGUAGGCUACCUGCUGGCGCGGUUCGGCGGAAAGGCGGCAGACCUGGUGAUCGUGUACGACGAGAUGGCGCUGCCGCUGGGGCGCAUCCGCCUGCGGGCCCGCGGCUCGGACGCCGGACACAACGGGAUUAAGGACAUCAUCCGUACCGUCCACACCGUCGACUUCCCCCGUUUGCGCAUCGGCAUCGGCGGGCCGGGCAUGUCGGGCAGCGUCGAUCACGUUCUGGGGCGGUUUUCGGACGAGGAACAGCCCGCGGUGAAAGCGUCCAUCGAGCGCGCCGCUGAUGCGGUGGAGUGCCUCCUGACCGACGGGAUCAACAUCGCGAUGAACCGGUACAACACCGAUCCGCAGACCGACCCGCCGGCGUAG